AGCUCGGGCUGGCUGUGACCCCAGCCUCUCGGCCUUCCUCACAGCGUGUCUUACAGGUGGGAACUAGACAUUAGGUGCCCAUGUUUUUAGGGCACUGAGGUCUAGGAAUGUUGCUAAGGCCUGGGGGAGGCGUCCGGAGGAAAGCGGGGAGCAGAGCAUGGCCCAGGGAGUGCACGUCCCCAGGUCGCGGGUCGCCUUCCCCGGGCCCCCCCCGGCGUGCUGGGCAGUAAUGGCUGGGAAAACAGACAUUUAGUUAUGCGUGGAAGGAAGUAGUGUCAGCACCUAGGGUGAGAAGAGGAUGGAAGAUUUAAAACCCGGGGCUGAAUCCUUAAAGGCUGGUUUUGCUUUCUUCGUUUGUUUCCACGUUUCCACGGGCGCUUCUGCUGGACCACGUGGACACGUUUGGUGACCGUCAGGGGCAUCGGGGUAGAGCGCUGGUUUUGCGCCGACUGCGUCAGGGCGGACAACACAGAUUUUCUCUCUGCCAGAGAGACGGGGCAGGACGUUCGAGAAUACACGCUGGGCCAGGAGUGGGGAAGUGAGAGUUGGAGCUAGAUCCCAGCUGUGCUGCCUUCCAGCUUCUACCCCCAGGCUGCGGUUGCACGCUUCCUGGUUUCCCACAGGGCCUACAGUGUAUCCCAGUUCGGGGGACACUUUGCUGCCAGUGUGGGCUGCCCUUCCAACACCAGAGCUCCUCGAGGACUCUUCCUUGUUAGCUGGUGAAGAAUGGGGGAGAUAGAAGGAACGUACAGAGUCCUGCAGACUCCAGGGACACGCUUGGGCGCCCAGACCCCGGCGGGGGUGAGCACCCUCGAGCCUGGGCAGACUCUGUCGGGAGCAGCGACACGGGCGUCAGCCAGGAUGCAGGAGAAGCACCUUCACAUCCGGGUGAAGCUGCUGGACAACACUGUGGAAAUCUUUGACGUCGAGCCUAAGCGCGAUGGCCAGGCGUUGCUGACGCAGGUGUGGCGGCACUUGAACCUGACGGAGUGCGACUACUUCGGGCUGGAGUUCCAGCACCCCCGGUCCUACUGGAUCUGGCUGGAACCCAUGAAGCCCAUCAUUAGGCAAGUACGAAGGCCAAAGAACACAUUGCUUCGUCUAGCAGUGAAAUUUUUCCCUCCUGAUCCGGGUCAGUUGCAGGAAGAAUUUACAAGAUACUUGUUUGCCUUGCAACUUAAGAGAGACCUCCUGGAGGAGCGUCUGCCCUGCGCGGACACCACGGCGGCGCUGCUGGCAUCCCACCUUCUGCAGUCGGAAAUAGGAGAUUAUGAUGAAACCCUGGACCGAGAGCACCUCAAAGCCAAUGAGUACCUGCCCAGUCAGGAGCGCUCUCUUGAGAAGAUUCUAGAAUUCCACCGGAAGCACACGGGCCAGACGCCUGCCGAGUCGGAUUUCCAGGUGCUUGAAAUUGCCCGGAAGUUGGAAAUGUACGGCAUCAGACUUCACCCAGCCUCGGACAGGGAGGGGGCCAGAAUCAACCUGGCUGUCUCGCACAUGGGCGUCCUCGUGUUCCAGGGCACCACCAAAAUUAACACUUUCAACUGGUCCAGGGUCCGAAAACUCAGCUUCAAAAGGAAAAGGUUUCUCAUCAAACUGCACCCAGAGGUCCGUGGACCUUACCAGGACACGCUGGAGUUCUUGUUGGGCAGUAGAGAUGAAUGUAAGAACUUCUGGAAGAUCUGUGUGGAAUACCACACCUUCUUUAGGCUCUUCGAUCAACCUAAGGCCAAAGCUAAAGCCGUCUUCUUCAGCAGGGGCUCGUCCUUCAGAUACAGUGGAAGAACUCAGAAACAGCUGGUGGACUACGUCAGGGACAGUGGGGUGAAGAGAGUUCCAUAUGAAAGAAGACACAGCAAGACGCGGGUGUCUCUUCGUGCUCUGACUGCAGACUUGCCAAGGCAGAGCAUCUCAUUCACCGAGGGCAUGAGGACUUCCGCAUCCCCAUCUUCAACAAACGCCUCCUUCUAUUCAGUUCCUACCUCCCCGCUGGCCCCCCGAGGCCCGUGUGAUUUCAAAGACAGCAGUGGCUCCCUCACAGAGCCCCAGGCUCCCGACGCCAAGAGGCCAGCUGCGGAGAGGAGCGGCGGAGCAGCAGCCGACGGCGACGCCAGACGGGCCCAGUCCCCUGGACCCCCUGCACCGCAGCCUUGCCAAGGCCUUUCCGCGGAGAGUCCUCAGCCUUCUCCCUCCACCCGGAAGAGCCCACCGAGCCUGAGCCCCGUGUCUCAGGUGACUCUGGGCCUGGCCGGGCAGGGCUCGUCCCCCCUCCUGAGCCCUGCCCUUAGCGACGCCGGUGCAGUCAGGACGGACGGCGAGGAGGAGCCGAGACACAAGGGCCCGGCAGCGGACGAGGCCUACUUCAUAGCGAAGGAGAUGCUCGCCACAGAACGGACGUACCUGAAGGACUUGGAAGUUCUCACCGUGUGGUUCCGCAGCGCCGUGGUCAGGGAGGACGCCAUGCCCGCGGACCUGAUGACCCUGCUCUUCUCCAACAUAGACCCCAUCUACGAGUUCCACAGACGCUUCCUGCGCGAGGUGGAGCAGAGGCUGGCGCUCUGGGAAGGGUCUUCCAACACCCAUGCCACAGCCGGUCACCAGCGAAUCGGGGACAUCCUGCUCAGGAACAUGCAUCAGUUAAAGGACUUCAGCAGCUGCUUCCAGAGGCACGACGAGGUCCUGAGCGAGCUGGAGAGGGCGGCGCGGCGCGGCGGGAAGCUGGCGGCCGCGUGCAGGGCCUUCGAGCUCCAGAGGGUCUGCUACCUGCCCCUGAGCGCCUUCCUGCUGAAGCCCGUCCAGCGCCUGCUGCACUACCGCCUGCUGCUCAGCCGGCUGUGCGCACUGCACGCGCCCGCGCACCCCGACUCCGCGGACUGCCGGGACGCCCUCCAGGCCAUCACAGAGGUGACGUCCGCACUCCAGCACAGCCUCGCCCGGCUGGAGAACCUCCAGAAGCUGACGGAGCUGCAGCGGGACUUGGUCGGCAUAGACAACCUCGUCACCCCGGGCAGGGAGUUCAUCCGCGAGGGGUGCCUUCACAAGCUCACCAAGAAGGGCCUGCAGCAGAGGAUGUUCUUUCUGUUCUCAGACGUGCUGCUGUACACGAGCAGAGGAGUCACGGGCACCAGCUGCUUCCGGAUCCGGGGCCGCCUCCCACUCCGCGGCAUGCUGAGUCAGGAGCAUCCCCGCGGGACCUCGUCCUACACUCCUCCCUGCACCCAGCACAGCGCCCGGGGGCCGGGCACACGCGCCUCUAGGGCUCCGGGUAGGGCGCCCGCCCAGUGGAGCCUCCCCCCCACCCCCGCGGCCCCGUGAGGGGCACAGCCAGGGACGUCGGGGAGGCUGACGGGGCCGCCCCUGCGAUGGCACAACUGUGCCUGUCGCCUGGCCUCUACCAAUGCCCGUUUGUAGGUGCCAGCCGCGCUUGGGGCCACGGGUAUGUUCCCCAGUUAGCGAUUCCUUUUUUCUUUUCCCACAGUUCAGUUUUAUCUUGUGGGAUUGACAUGGCACCGGACAGGUGCCCCUGGGCUGGCGCCUGGGGAUGGGGUGAAUUCAGCCGUGUGCUGCCGCCCGGGGUGCCCAUCCUGAGUGUGGGUCUCCCUGCCCGCGCGCCGUCGCGUUGGCCCCGGUUCCACUUUCCAACUCACAAGCCGCCUCCACGAGGCUCCGUGGGGGUGGCUGGACUCCUGCCGACGUGUGGGGCCCCUUCUGGCCUCCCAUUCCGUUCCCCUGCGCCAGGCAGCAGCAGGCCUCGCCCGGGGCCGUGUCUCCUGUCGAGUCGCCGUGUGGCUGCUGCGGCACGUCCCUGAGCUGUCGUUCUCCAUAGAAGGCCCCUUGCUACGCUCCAGCGUUUAGUUCUUCCACAUAAACUCAGGAAUCACUGGGACAGAUCCCCUCAAACCCGCCUGGACUCCUGUGGUCACACUGGGGUCAUGUGCUACCUUGGGGUGACGAAGGGGAACGUCUGCACGACCUGGUCUCACCGCCCACGCUCCCGCUCAUCUCUGGUCUUCUGUGUCCGUGAGGCUCUGUGCAGGCCGACCCUCCGCGGGGGUGUCCGUUGGCCUCGCCCCGAACUCCACAGGGCAGCAGCACACCCGCCGCGCCUCCAGUGCGCCCUGGAGCUGCGGGCAGACGUCCCCAGUGUUGUGGGAAGGCGCGGCCGCACGUCGCCCGAGGCCCGGG